GAAGUUACAUUUAAAGAGCAAUGGCAUUCAAGGCAUGUGAAAUUGGUGCACGUUACAGGAAGUUCAAGCCACACCUCCUCAUUGUUCUGAUUCAGAUAGCUUACACAUUCCUCUACUUCAUAGCAGAAGCUGCAUUCAAUCAUGGAUUGAAUCCUCAUGUUUUUGUGACUUAUCGACAUAUUGUAGCUAGUUUAGUGAUGUUGCCUUUUGCAUAUUUUCUUGAAAGAAAAAUAAGACCAAAGCUGACAUUUGCAUUGUUUAUUGAGAUAUUUCUGCUGUCUCUCAUAGGGAUAGGUUUAACCCUGAACAUGUAUUUUGCAAGCUUGAGAUAUACCUCCCCAACAUUCAUUGCAUCCAUGAUCAACACUAUUGCUUCCAUAACCUUUAUAAUUGCAGUUAUAUUCAGGUUGGAGGUUCUUGAUGUAACCAACCCCCGUGGAAUAGCAAAAAUUCUUGGGACCUUGCUUUCCUUGGCUGGAGCCAUGACCAUGACAUUGUACAAGGGACCUGCACUGAGAAAUAUUUCAGGUGCUUUAAUCCAUGUUGGAACAAACACCGUCCAUGAAAACUGGCUGAAGGGUUCCAUUCUUACUGCCGUGAGCUGCAUAACAUGGUCAUCAUGGUACAUCAUGCAGGCAUUCACAUUGAAGAGAUAUCCAGCACAACUUUCACUAACCACAUGGAUGUGCUUUAUUGGGGGAGCACAAUCAGCUGUCUUCACAGUGUUCACAGAACAUAAACCCACAGCAUGGAGCAUUGGAUUCAAUAUUGAAUUUUGGGCCAUCAUCUAUGCUGGAGUGGUAUGCUCUGGUUUCAUAAUCUUCCUUCAACUAUGGUGCACCAAACAGAAAGGACCAGUAUUUGUAACCAUGUUUAAUCCCCUAGGAACCAUGUUGGUGGCAUUUGCAGCUUACUUUGUUCUGGGUGAAAAGUUGCAUAUUGGCAGGGUACUGGGAGGGCUUACGGUCAUUAUCGGCCUCUACUUGUUACUAUGGGGCAAGGAAGUGGACCAAAAAUUCAGCACCGAGUCCCAGGAGCUCUCUUAUGAAAAAGGAAAAGAACACAAGAUAGAAGAAGUAAUUACUUCAGUAGAUGCUUCCAAAGAGCCCUAGGAUAUCUAAACUCUCAACAGAUUUGCAAUGAUAAAUGAAUCACAACGAAUAGCAUCAGCAAUUCGUAUGUGUUUCAUGUCGAAUAAGUGGAAAUGAACAAAAUCCAAUUUCAUGUGUCUCAUGUUUUAGCUUU